GUCCUGUGUACGUGUGUGCACGCACGCCUCUUCCACAUGGGCAAAUUGAGCUAGCACCAUUCACCAGAUGCCGUAUUGUUUGAAUUUCUACUGUCGAUCGAUAAUCGAUGCAAAUAAUUCAUGCGUACCAUAGCGUGUGCGGGUGUUUUUUUUUCCCCUGCUCGUUAUGUAAUUCGACUUCCUCUCCCUCGUUAUCAACGGGACAAUCUGACGUCAUCACCCAGCAUCUGGGGGGGUGUGAGCAGCUCGCGGCUGCUGCUUCGAGACCAGCUAACGGACGAAAAACAAACUAGCUUAACUAGCCGCUCUCUGAGAAACGGGGAAGAAGGCGACUCGGGCACAACGAUGUCCGACGCUGCUAACACUACUACAGACAACAACGGGGACUCCGGGCUAAACGGGUCCUGGGUAGAGUUGGAGAUGAACAGAGGCACUGCCGGAUCAGUCCCAUCAUCCUCCACAGAUGGCCCGGCCCCAGGCCUGCUGCCCCUCCCUCAGGUGGAGGAAGAGGAGGCCAUGGUGGGGGGGCUGGAGCACGUCCCGUCAUCGUCCUCGAUCCACAAUGGAGACAUGGAGAAGAUCCUGCUGGACGCCCAGCACGAGUCGAGCCGCAGCAACUCCUCCUGCGACAGCCCUCCGCGGCCCCACAGUCCCCAGGAUGACGGACAGAUCAUCUUUGACGUGGACAUGACCGGCAGAAGAGACAGCCAAUCAGAAGAGGACGUCUUGGACAAGGAGAGGGACAUGGACAUCCUGAUGAAGGACGCAGAUUGGGUUGCGGACUGGUCUAGUCGACCGGAAAACAUUCCCCCCAAGGAGUUUCAUUUCCGUCACCCUCGACGCUCGGUAACACUCAGCAUGAGGAAGACCGGGGCCAUGAAGAAAGGAGGCAUCUUCUCAGCCGAGUUCCUCAAAGUCUUCAUCCCCUCGCUGCUGCUAUCACACAUCCUGGCUCUGGGGCUGGGAGUCUACAUCGGAAAGAGGUUGACCACGCCACCCGCCAGCUCUUUCUGAACCUGGAACUGAAGAAAAGUGCCUGAGAAGUGGCCAUAAGUUGUUGGAGAAAGAUUUGCUGUCAUGAGAAGAAUGCCCAUCACUCCUCCCUCUGUCCCGCCUGCGUGCCCCCCCCCCGCCCCAAAUCCCUGAGAUAUGACAUGUUCUCAGGAGAAAUACCAUUUCCUCUCUCUCCCCUCCUUCCCCACCCUUUUUUUCUUGAUCGCUGUUCUCCGACUGUUUGUAGAUAUCCCCUCUCUCCCCCCUUAUAUCCUUCACUCAUUUGUAUAAGCUUUUCAAAGAAUAAAUAGGGUCAUAUUUCCCUUUCCCCAGCGAUUGGGUUUCAGUGUUUAUAACGGGGGGGUUUUCAGGGAGCGUCACAGCAUCAAACCAAACUCUUCUAUUACAUAUGCUGUCCCAGUGCCCUUUGAUUAUCUGACAACAAGGGAGUACUGUCCAGUUUUAGAACUGACCACAGAUUGUACCACCAACAUGAGUAGCCCAACACUCGAUCUCAAAAGGGUGUGACCACAUUCAGAGUUGGCUACACGAACAGAAGAAGUGAUCAUGCCUUUUUUGAAAGUAGCCAUUUUGUUCAUUUUCUAUAGGUAACAGGAUCUUUUUUAUUUUUAUUUUAUUUUACAACAGUGGUGGUUUAUUGAAAAGUUGUAAUGAUGAAAGGAGUUAUAGUUGCCAUCCCAAACCACAAGUGCUCACGAAUUGCACUGGGGGAGUCUCUGGCUCUGUCUGCCAGACGAGAGAGAGAUUUAUGUGACUUUUUUUUUUUUUUUUCACCUUUUCUGUGAUGAAAACUAGUAAUGAAAAUCUAUUCAGUUGUGCAUCUGAAUGAAUAUUUUUGCAAAGUGACAAUAACUGGAAACCAAGGUGUAGAUGUGUGCAGGCAGGCAGUGUGUCCCUUACAGUGUGUACACUAACAGUAUUUUGUGGUUGGGUCUUGGGUAACGGCACUGCACGGUCCAGAAAGGUUCAGUCGUCUGUACAAACAGUCUGUGUCCACUUUGUCCUUCCACUUUUACUCCAGAUUGGACUGGAUUUACAUUACACAGUACUCCUAUUGUUUCUUCUUUUUUUGGUGAUUUUUAAGUCAUCAAAAAGGAUUUGACAUUUGCUUUGAGGACGUUUUUGAGUAAUUUUAUUUACAAAAAAUGCAAGUAUUUCAUGAAAGAUAAAUGUUACACUUGAAAUAAUUUACUUUUACUCCGAAAAUUGUUUUCAAAGCCGCUAUCUUUGAGGAAAAAUGUCCAGUGGUAGCCAGCCCUGCAUUCUAACACUCCCAACAAAACAAGCAGAGAUACUUCAUCAAGCUGCAGAUGAAGGGAACUGAUUCCAGGGUCAGUCUGAGUUUGAACUGGCAGAUAGUACCAGGUGAACCUCAUGGAAGGGAGGUUUGUUUUUACCUAACAAGGCUUUACUUUAUGCGUAAACACAGGUACUUGGCUUGCAUAUUCGGUACAGCGUGAUUGAAAAGCUUGAUACCAGACAUUGGCUUCACUGCAGUAUGUCUGAGGUUGGACUGACCAGAGCCAGACCUGCGUCAAAUAAUAUUUGAUUUAGAAGUUCAGAUCUCAUCGAAAGCCAGAUCCUGAGAAGUUAUUCUUUAUUUCUGCAGGACAUACAAGGGUGUUUUUUGUUGCAAAGUCACCCCAACCAGAAGUAAAUAAUUCCUAGAGAUCUGAUAUUUCAGUUAUUCAGGAGUAAAUUAACUCUUUUUUUGAGCAUUUGCAGGUUUUCAUCCGAUAAUUGGCUUGUUGUGGACUACUUUGUUGACAGAUGUACAGAUUUUGACAGCUACUUGAAGUAAAGGUAGAACUAGCCUCUCCCAUGACAUAAUUCCGCUGCAAAUACUAUUUGAACCAGCAGGUCGACUAUUUUUUGCUUUACCUCUUAUGACAGACUCUUAACUACCGACAGUGACUCGGGUAUUGUCUCCAUUUCAGCCACAGCGGUACUGCACACGACAUACAUGUCUCUGCCUGUGUUUGUACAUGCAGCGUUUGACAGCGAUACUUUGGAUUGUUAUUUCCUGUUUUGGUUUGUUUUGAGUUGUGUGUCUUUUGUUUUUUCCAGAUGUAGCAGAAAGAUUGUGAACGCCCAGAGCGGUAGUCAAGCUAGACAUGGGUUGUGUUUCAAAGUGUGAAAAUAAAACCCCCAUUGUUGAUGGCAGGGCCUGAUGGGAAAUGGAAGGUCUGGAGAGAUUUCCCUCAGGCUGCGAUGGUCGAAGUAGUAGUUAUUGUAAUGAUGCAUUUGCUUUGAUUUUCUUUUUCCCACUACAUUGGAAAAAUUGAUAAACAUUUUGUCAUUAAAGAUAACCUGAAUGAAGCUA